CUCCAAAGCGAUAGGAGCAAAAACUGAAGUACAAAGUAGCCUCUUCCAUCAAGACAAAAGUACAGAGACUGGAGCUGAACAAAGCGCGAGAGGAACAGGAGCGGACAAAGCACAGGAGAUAAGAGCAGGACUGACUGCCUGCACAUGGUGGAAACAUGCCCACCAACUUCACUGUGGUCCCGGUGAAGGACGCCAGAGGAGCCCAGCGCAGCCCCACGGAAGACAACGUGCUGAGGGAGGAGGAUGAGGAGGCUACAGGUGAUGGCGUCCCAAAAGAAAAUAGUCCCUUCAUCAACAACACAGACAACGACAAAGCCAACAGCAACAGCUAUGAUGGCACGAACAUGGCACUUUUUGAGGAGGAAAUGGACAGUCAUCCCAUGGUGUCGUCUCUCCUCAACAAACUGGCCAACUACACUAACCUCACCCAGGGCGCCCAUGAGCACGAGGAGGCUGACGAGGACGAGGGCGCCAAGAAGAAAGCUGUCAAGAGCCCUCAGAUGGGGACCUUCAUGGGUGUGUACCUCCCGUGCCUCCAGAACAUCCUGGGGGUCAUCCUGUUCCUUCGCCUUACCUGGAUCGUGGGCACUGCGGGCAUCCUGGAGUCUCUGGUUAUCGUGGGCUUGUGCUGCAGCUGUACCAUGCUGACAGCCAUCUCAAUGAGUGCAAUCGCUACUAACGGUGUAGUACCAGCUGGAGGCUCGUACUACAUGAUCUCCAGGUCUCUGGGGCCAGAGUUCGGUGGAGCUGUGGGAUUGUGCUUUUACCUGGGCACCACGUUUGCAGGCUCCAUGUACAUCCUGGGAACCAUAGAGAUUCUACUGACCUACAUAGUGCCUAAAGCGGCCAUCUUUGUGGCGACCAAGAAGGAGGACGAGGUGGCCGCUCUGCUGAAUAACAUGCGUGUGUAUGGGACGUGCUGCCUGGCCCUCAUGGCUGUGGUGGUGUUUGUGGGAGUCAAGUAUGUGAACAAACUGGCCCUGGUCUUCUUAGCCUGUGUCAUCCUGUCCAUCCUUGCCAUCUACGCCGGGGUCAUCAAGAGCAUCUUUGAGCCUCCAGACUUCCCAGUGUGCAUGUUGGGGAAUCGCACGUUGCAUAACCAGAAGUUCGAUAAGUGUCUUAAGACUGAAGUGAUUGACAAUGUGACGGUGAGCACGGCGCUGUGGGAAAUGUUCUGUGAGAGCGCCCAUCUCAACGCCACCUGUAACCCAUACUUCGCCAGCAACAACGUGACCGAGAUCCAGGGCAUCCCAGGCCUCACCAGCGGAGUUAUCUCAGAGAACCUGUGGUCUGCAUACGCCCCUCUGGGGACAAUUGUAGAGGACCCUGAGGAAGUCUCUGUGCCUGCGCUUGAGUCUUCUAGGGACAAGUACAUGCCAUACGUGGUCAACGACAUCACCACCUUCUUCACUCUGCUCGUGGGAAUCUACUUCCCCUCCGUCACCGGUAUCAUGGCGGGGUCCAACCGCUCAGGGGAUCUGAGGGAUGCCCAGAGGUCCAUCCCCAUUGGCACCAUUUUGGCCAUUGCUACCACUUCCUUCAUUUAUGUGACAUGUGUGGUGCUGUUUGGAGCUUGUAUCGAGGGGGUUUUGCUGCGAGACAAGUUUGGUGACUCGGUGAAGGGGAACCUGGUCAUAGGCACCCUGUCGUGGCCCUCUCCCUGGGUCAUCGUCAUCGGAUCGUUCUUCUCGUGCUGUGGGGCGGGACUCCAGAGUCUGACCGGAGCUCCCCGUCUGCUGCAGGCCAUCGCUCGUGACGGAAUAGUGCCUUUCUUACAGGUGUUUGGUCAUGGUAAAGCCAAUGGGGAACCUACCUGGGCUCUGCUACUGACCGCGGGCAUCUGUGAAAUAGGCAUUCUCAUCGCCUCUCUGGACAGUGUGGCCCCCAUCCUCUCCAUGUUUUUCCUCAUGUGCUACCUGUUUGUCAAUCUGGCCUGUGCUGUCCAAACUUUACUGAGAACACCCAACUGGAGACCACGCUUCAAGUACUACCACUGGACCUUAUCGUUCCUGGGCAUGAGCUUGUGUCUGGCCAUCAUGUUCAUCUCCUCCUGGUACUAUGCCAUCGUGGCUAUGGCCAUCGCAGGCUGCAUCUACAAGUAUAUAGAAUACAGAGGGGCUGAGAAGGAGUGGGGAGAUGGGAUUCGUGGACUGUCUUUGAACGCAGCACGCUACGCUCUCAUUCGCCUGGAAGACGCUCCCCCACACACCAAGAACUGGAGGCCUCAGGUGCUGGUGCUACUAAACCUGGACUCAGACCAGAGCGUUAAACACCCGCGCCUCCUGUCCUUCACCACACAGCUCAAGGCAGGCAAAGGACUCACCAUCGUCGCCAACGUUCUGGAGGGCACCUACCUCACCAAGGAUGCAGAAGCCAAGAGAGCUGAGCAGAAUAUCAAGUCCACCAUGGCUGCAGAGCGCACCAAAGGCUUCUGUCAUGUGGUGAUCUCUUCAAACCUGCGAGACGGAGUGUCCCACCUGAUCCAGGCAGCAGGUCUGGGGGGCAUGAAGCACAACACUGUCCUCAUGGCCUGGCCCGGAACCUGGAAGCAGGCCAACGACCCCCAGUCCUGGAAGAAUUUCAUAGAGACUAUUCGUGAGACCACAGCGACACAUCACGCUCUGCUGGUGGCCAAGAACGUGGACAGUUUCCCCACAAACCAGGAGCGUCUGGGGGAGGGCACCAUCGACGUGUGGUGGGUGGUGCAUGAUGGAGGCAUGCUCAUGCUGCUGCCCUUCCUGCUGCGCCAGCACAAGGUUUGGAGGAAGUGUAAGAUGCGCAUCUUCACAGUGGCCCAGCUGGAUGACAACAGCAUCCAGAUGAAGAAGGACCUGCAGAUGUUCCUGUAUCACCUGAGGCUGGACGCAGAGGUGGAGGUGGUGGAGAUGCACGAUAAUGACAUUUCAGCCUUCACCUACGAGAAGACCCUGAUGAUGGAGCAGCGCUCACAGAUGCUCAAACAAAUGCAACUCUCCCGGACUGAGAGAGAGCGAGAGAUUCAAAGUAUCACAGAUGAGUCUCGUAGCUCCAUCCGGAGGAAGCACCAGCAGGCAGCAGGGAGCUCCAGCCAGAGCCAGAGCCGGCACUCCUCCACUGCAGACGACAACCAGGAGGACGAGGCCCAGCUGAUCCACGACAGAAACACAGCGUCACACACUGUGAUUAACGACAAGGCAGACGCUGCUCCGGAGCGCGUGCACAUGACCUGGACCAAAGACAAGCUGUUCACCGAGAGGAGACACCGCGAGUGCAACGCCAAUGUGGCCGUGAGGGACCUGUUCAACAUGAAACCAGAGUGGGAGAGCCUAAACCAGUCUAACGUGCGGCGCAUGCACACGGCCGUCAAACUGAACGAGGUGGUGGUCAACAAGUCCCAAGGAGCUCACCUGGUGCUGCUCAACAUGCCGGGCCCACCCAAGAACCGCGGAGGAGACGAGAACUACAUGGAGUUCCUGGAGGUUCUUCUGGAAGGUCUGAACCGCGUGCUGCUGGUGCGAGGAGGAGGCCGCGAGGUCAUCACCAUCUACUCCUAAAGCGCACCCCCCACCCGCCUGCUCGCACGGGCCGUUCACGUGGAAACCGCUCCACCUGCGGACGGGGGCUGGGGGCGGGGUUUGUCUGGAGGCGGGACCACUCUUUUGAUUGACACACGGACCUCUUUCAGGGCAUUGGGUGCGUCCUGGCCGGGCCUCUGCUCCCCGCACGCCGCUGUAGAGCCUAGAGACACUUUAUACUUUUCAUUCAUGGUUCAUUCAAUGUUCAAUGUUUUCUCCUUGUGUGUUCUUGUUCUAACUGUUGGAGGAAGGCCAGAGGAAGACUGUGAGCUGGACUGUUGGAGACACUAAACUCUGAAGACUAUUACAACUCACGAGAACUUAGAUGUCUGCAUUUUUGGAAGCUGUAAUUUCAAUUUAUGUACAUUUAAUAUAGUUGCAAUUUAGCCCAGAGCACAAUGUAGAGAGAGUUGUUAAGCGAUGAUGCCACUCCAGGGUCCAAGCUGAAAGCUUUGUUUUUGUUUCUUCUUCAUCAAGCAAGAGACACUUACCUUUCAGAAGUGUACAUUUAAACACAGACUGUACGUAGUAUGUUAAUAAUGUAGUAGAACUCCGUCAUAACGUAGGAUUACAAGUGCAUAAAUGUCGCCUCUUACCUCAGCUUUUCACACUUGCACUUUCUGUCACAGUUAAAACACAAAUCCUGUCCGCUUUAAACGACAAAUCUCUUUUUAAUGUAAGAAAAAUAGUUUUGAAUCAGCUGAUGGACCCAGAAGCGACGUCACAUUAACAACGCGAUAGUUUUAUUCAAUUUGAAAACCUAUAGAAGCACAACGAUGGUACUAUAUUUGAACUACCAUUUCAGACUUCAUAAACUGUCAUUUAUCAUACGGAGAAAUAGCCAUAUCGUAGCAUCGCUUUUCGGAGCUUUUAAAACGCGCCUCGAGUCGCUCACGCUCUUAGACUUUUUAAAUGAAUAGCGUUUCACCAUCAAAGAUGGUGUGUGGAUAUUCGAAAACACAUUUAGCAUAAUUUAUUUUACUAUUACCACCAGAAAAUUGUAAAAAAAACAAAAAAAAAAAUGUGCACUGAAUCUUUGUUUUGAAAAUUUGUUUUGGAGUUUGGAAUCACGUCGAAGAAAACACAAUUGUAUAGCAUCAAUUCCACUUGAUUUUAAUAAGUUCUAUUUUAUCACUUUAAUCGUAGGCUUUUAUUUUGUAGGAAAAAGUGCCAAAAGGAAACUGUGGGCGUAGAGUUACCGAGCAGCUUAAAGCAAAACUCACCGAUGACAGUCAGCGUGUAAUUAAACGUGUAAGUUAUUAGAGGAUCCCAGUGCACUUUGUGUGGGGCCCGGGGGGACGAGGGACGAGGGACAGGGACGAGGGGAGGUCAGGUGUAGCUCCACAGUUUCUCACAGUAGUGUCGUCUGAAGCUGUGUCACUGAUGCAACGUGUCGUGUUCAUUUCCUCUUCAUUGGUUUAUUUUUGUUGAUUUUUUUGUGACUGUAUUUCUCCCAGUUCUGUUUCAACAAGCACAUUUACAGCAAACUCUGGUAAGAAGGUUUUCAAACUGAAAGCUGGACACAAGAUUUCACUAUUAGUAACACCAACACAGCUUGAUAGAUUCACUCAAAUAGUUAAAGCCCCACUAUGUAACUUUUUAGCCAAGGAAUGUACUAAAAGCUUUUUCAUUUUUCGUUGUCUUUCACUAAAAACGCUGAAAAACAGGUGUGUUUCUGUAGACAGGCUUGCGUCUCCUCAAACCUGACUUGUAUUUGGAGUAAAGUCAGACAGUAUGGCACGUCUGUCUCCACGGAGAACGUUCUAAAGUGUGUUUGGAGUCACACGGGUAAUGUUUCACCUUCAAAAAGUUUCAUACUGUGGCUUUAACCAAACCUGAUUCCUGUAAGUACUGUAUUUUCCGGGCUGUUAGACGCGCUCUUAAACCUCUAACCCCAUCAUAAAAUGACUGCACCCCACAAUCCAGAGCGCCCUAUACACAAAUCCACUCAGGUGUCCCAGCACGACUUCAGUAAACUACAAAGCCACACCACCCACAGAACACACAAACACACACGGAGCAGACAGCGACCGCACAGCGAAACACACCCACAGACACACUCAUCACUCCACGCCGACGAGGAACGGAACGGAGGAACGAACUGAAAAAACUUCUAGACACAACUGAACAACUGAGUCACUGCGAACACGCCGACAAUCCGUUGGUCCCAGACACACCCUCCCUACACGCCACAACUGAACAAAGCCCAGAGUCACCGUGAACACCACAAACAAACAAAACCACUCACCCAUCACACUGUUGGGUUUCCUUUAAAGUCCGGUGCAGUUUAUUCAUGAAAAAAGUUAGAAAAUAGACCAUUUAAUGACAGUGCGCCUUAUAAUCCAGAGCGACUAAUAGCCUGAAAAAUAUGGUAGCUUCAUUAGAUCCAGAUCAGUAUGAAUCAUUGAAGCUCUCUGAAUGAUGUGAAUGUUGUGACCUGAGGAGGGAGAGAGGCUUCUAUUCAGAUCUUCUUUAUGAUUUAUGAAUGACUCUAAAAUCCAAACUUAUCCAAAAGAAAUACCGUUACAAGAUGAUUGCCUGUGGAAAUGUGGAGUUUGUUGACCGUGCUUGAGUGAAACUGAACCCGGUCCUUGUUGUAUCUUUUCAGUAUCUUUUCAGUUGAAGUAAAAGUGUCUGAUGAGGCAGAGCCGCUGUCACUUUGUCCA